ACAGGUAGUGGAACAGGAACAGGUACAGGUAGUGGAACAGGAACAGGAACAGGGUCAACUACAAUUGCUAGUAAAUUAGCAGGUGUCAAUUCUAAAUCAAGUUCUCGACGAAAACGACAAACACAAUCAAAUUAUGGUGGUAUAUAUGGUUUGCCUACAACUUUUGGUGUUACUCUACCACAAUCUUGUUGUACUACCGAUCUAUCAUCGACAGAUAGUUUAUCUAAUUUAUAUUGUAUAUCAAAUGCUAAUAAUUCGGCAAACAGUAUUCAUACAAAUGGAUGUUCGAAACUACUUGGUAAAUUUGCUGUUGGUCAAACACUUGGUCUCGCUGUUAUCAAUAGUUUUCUUGUUGUUCUCGGACUUGCACUCAUUCCCGUACUUAUGGAAAUGAAUUCUUCCAAUAAUAAUCCUCAGAAUGCACCUUUUAAUCAACCAAUGGCUCAAUAUAACAAUCAGCCAUAUCAAUAUCAAGCCAAUGAAUAUCAUCCAGAUGUGCAAUAUAAUAACUAUGUUAUGUAA